AUGCCCAUGCCCAAGGAUGUUAAACAACUUCGCUCUCUUCUCGGCGGCCUCAGCUAUUACCGCAAGUUCCUUCCCAACAUGGCUACACGUAUUCGGCCUCUGACUACUCUUCUCAAGAAGCAGGCGACGUUCGUCUUCACCCCUGCCAUGGAGCAAGCUGUUUGCGUCCUGCUAUCUGAGUUGGCCAACCCUCCUGUCUUGGUUUAUCCGGAUUGGGAUGCCGUUUCGGACGGCUCGCGACCUUUUCGUCUCUACUGUGAUGCUAGUCGCGUUGGGUUCGGUGGGACUCUCGAAAAAGGAGAGCCGGAUGGCUCCAUCCGACCAAUCGUCUCCAUCAGCCGAGCUACUUUGGACUCCGAACGUUAUUGGAUUCCCUUCGACCUCGAGGCGGGUAGCAUCGUGUGGUCCAUCAAACGACUUGGCGGUUAUUUGUGGGGUACGAAAUUCCGCAUUUUUGCCGCCCACAAAUCUCUUGAGCACUUUGCCAAGGUGGAGACCAAUGCCCGCGUUUAG